UGUCACGUGGAGCCGACAGCACAAUUUGAUUUCUUCGACGGCCUGAACAAGCCGCUUGGGAUACGGGAUUCGUGGGCGAUUCGGGCGGAAACCAGUACCUACACAGCCUGUGUCUCGUGUUGUUCAGGUGUACGAGAUGGACAAGACAGCCGGAAACUCAUCGACUAUCCACACUGAAGGAAGUGUUGUUGACGUGGCCCAGGAAGUCAUCAACUGCCAGGAAUACGAUGACGCCUUCUUCAUUUGUGACGUCCGCGAUCUCCUCAGCAAAGUGGAACUAUGGAAGCGUGAGCUGCCGCGGGUCAGCCCGUUCUACGCCAUCAAGGCCUGCACAGAUCCCGUUGUGCUUAAGCUCUUGAAAGACAGUGGAGUCAAUUUCGACUGUUCGAACAGGAGGGAGAUUGCUACCAUGCUAAACCUGGGAACUUCACCCGAUCGCAUUCUCUACGCUCAGACAGUGAAAAAUUGCUCGCACCUGGACUACGCUUUAGAGCACGGCGUUGACCUCAUGACAUUUGACUCUGCCGAAGAACUGGACAAAAUACAUCAAAAAGAUGCAAGGCUCUUGCUCCGAAUAAUCGGCGAUGAAGAGGGAUGUCACUACACACUGAACAAAAAGUUCGGAUGCUUGAUCAGCGACGCACCACAACUUCUGAAGAAAGCGCGAUCCCUCGGCCGCAAAGUGGUUGGCAUUGCGUUUCACGUAGGCUGUGCCUAUCAAGACCCCAGCAUAUUCGUAAGAACAAUAGAACAAGCCAGGAAAAUAUUUGACUUGGCAACUGACAUGGGCUUUGAAAUGAACGUCCUCGACAUUGGUGGGGGCUUUCCUGGAGGUCUAAGGAACAAGGAAAAAUUUCUCAAGGUGUGUGCCUCUAUCCGCUCCGCUCUGGACGCUCACUUCCCAUCAUCCAAUGAUGUGAAGAUUCUGGCUGAGCCCGGUCAGUUCUUUGUGACUUCGGCAUACACUCUGCUUCUCAAAGUAGUUGGAAAAAGGAAGAGGAAUCUUCUGAUCGAUGGAAAGGUCCAAGAGUAUCAAGAAGUAUUUCUGAGUGAAAGCAAAAGAAACUGCAUCACCAAUUGCAUAUACGACUUCCUGGACGUACAGUUCAGACCACUGGACCCACCAUAUGAUCGCCCGUGCAACCUUCUCAGCACCCUCUGGGGCGCCACCUGUAGCCCACUUGACUGCAUCGCCGACAGGCAGCUCUUUUUCGAUGUCAAACCGGACGAGUGGAUAGUCGUGGAUAACAUGGGGGCCUACUCGCUCGUAAACGCUUGCGGCUUCAACGGCUUCGGAUUCCCGCGCGUCCAUUACGUAGUCGAUCCAGUGGACGCCGACAGAGUGCGCGUAAUCCUGGAUGCCUUGCCCGUGGAAGGCGGUUACGGGCCGGAAGUUGAGAUUGUCAAGAAACGUCCCAGCGACAACGCUCUUAAGAAGAACGGCCUGAUACAGAACGGUCAUUGAAAACGCUUGGCUUUAGCAAUGAGCCUGAUGACAAAAUGACGGGGCGGAUCACAUUUCAGUUAUCCUGCACACAGUUUAUUGAGCGUGAGCGCUAGCGUCCAACAACUAUGUAUGGCAUUUUUAAGGCCCUCGCGUGUUUUCUGAGGUAGUGGUUCGUAAAAGCCGUAAACGCAUCGAAUGUUGUUUUCCUUUUGUAAGCGCCAAUUCUUCUAACGUGUAAUAUUGUGCUAGAGAAUGUGCAAUUAGUAAAUAUAAUGUGUCUUAGUAGAUAGACACAUAGUUUUAUGAUGCAUAUCAUGAAAGUUCAAAGUAGGGCUUGGUUACUGCACUUCAGAUGUGCAAAUGCGUUGGCUUUGACAGGGUGCCUAUAAAGGAAAAACCCUUCUCAAACAUACUUUGCUACAGCGCUACAGCCAAAAUAUCUAAAGAUCCUGUCGCGGACAUUUACAAGCCGGAAAUAUAACGCAGUCUACGUUAGUUUAACUUAGAUGGUGAAGACUUUUUAUAGUUCGCCGGAUAGCUCCACCAGGAUCAAAUUAUUUUCUUGCGUUUUCAUGGCUGCUUUUUGGGGUUGAUACUAUUUGGAGCUCUGGUGUGAGAUAUGCAGUAAAUACAGAAUUGUAAUAGUGGUGUCUAUGCACUCUGCGUCGAACGUUCGUCAAAAGUGACGAUUUCUUCCAGAAUAAGGAAGUUUGAUCAGGCCUCUUAACGGUGUCUUCGAGAGAGCAGUUAAUGCCUCUUUUUGGAAAGGUAGAAUCUGUCAGCUGUUUCAAUAUAUGUUGCGGACAAUGAAAAAGAAACAUUUACCGUAUCCUGCUUCAGAGUGUACAUAGCAGGAUAAAGGAAAUGCUACAAGGAAAUUAUAAAAAUGUAGUAAAGUUCUAGUACGUGCUUUGUUUUUGUUUUCUUUUUUUCUUUUUUGGAGGAUGAUUAAGGUAGCAUUCGUUAGAAAAUCGAAUCUUAUUUUACGGUAAUGUAUUACCGCUUGUCGACACAAUUUGUCAUCUUGCGAACGAAGAAUAACACUGUCCCUUCUCGCUUGGAAAUGGUAACAGACCUUCAAAAAAUCUACAUAUUUAAGUUAUGUGUGCCCAAUAAUGAAGAACAAGCUAAUCAUCAUUGAGUACUAUGGGAAUCUGCUGGAGCUAUAUAGCAGUAAAAUUGCAAAGUCUGGUUUGAAUGACAGGAAACAAGAACAGUCAGUUAUUUACCUAAAAUAAUGAAGACAUUCCUUUUGUUUAAAGCAUGCAUACAUAUCUGUAGUCUUUCAGUUCUACGUUAGUACCUGUGCUUAAAAAAAGAACCCUUUUCCUUUGAUACAUUAUAAUCUGAACGCUAUAUCUGUGCCACAUUGGAUGUACAUCUUGCUCCUGCAGAGAAAUAAAGGUGAAA